CUCUGAACCAAAAAAAUUUGUGAUAGUCCAAAGCUCUGAACCAAAAGCCGAAUAGGAUAAAAAAACCCCUAAUUUAAUAUGAGUGGAAAUAUAGGAUUCACUCUUUCGCUCUCUUCAGAUCUCUGUUAAGAGUUUUUCUCACGGCUCUAACCCUAGCAUCCUUUUUCAAUAUCCGCUUGCUAAUUUCUUGCAUUUUUCUUGACAUUAAUUCCAAUCAUGGCUGGAGUUGCACCUGAAGGAUCACAGUUUGAUGCUCGUCAGUUUGACAACAAGAUGUCCGAAUUGCUUUCAGAGGAAGGAAAUGAUUUUUUUACUUCAUACGACGAGGUUUAUGAAAGCUUUGAUAAAAUGGGUUUGCAUGAGAAUCUUCUUAGAGGAAUAUAUGCUUAUGGUUUUGAGAAACCGUCUGCCAUUCAACAAAGGGGAAUUGUUCCUUUUUGCAAGGGUCUUGAUGUGAUUCAGCAAGCACAGUCUGGUACUGGUAAGACUGCCACAUUUUGUUCUGGGAUCCUGCAGCAGUUGGAUUAUGAGUUAAUGGAUUGUCAAGCUCUUGUUCUUGCUCCUACUAGGGAGCUUGCUCAACAAAUUGAGAAGGUUAUGCGUGCCCUUGGUGAUUAUUCGAAUGUUAAGGUUCAUGCUUGUGUUGGAGGAACAAGCGUGCGAGAGGACCAAAGGAUCUUGGCUGCAGGAGUACAUGUGGUUGUUGGUACCCCUGGGCGUGUCUUUGACAUGUUGCGUAGAAAUUCUCUUCGUGCAAGUAGUAUCAAAAUGUUUGUUCUCGAUGAGGCUGAUGAGAUGCUUUCUCGGGGCUUUAAGGAUCAGAUCUACGACAUUUUCCAACAAUUACCACCCAAGAUACAAGUUGGAGUGUUUUCUGCAACUAUGCCGCCUGAGGCCCUUGAGAUUACCAGAAAGUUUAUGAAUAAGCCUGUUAGAAUUCUUGUGAAGCGAGAUGAGCUCACCCUUGAGGGUAUCAAGCAAUUCUAUGUGAAUGUUGACAAGGAAGAGUGGAAACUUGACACUCUAUGUGACCUUUAUGAGACCUUGGCAAUCACUCAGAGUGUCAUCUUUGUGAACACUAGGAGGAAGGUCGACUGGUUGACUGACCAAAUGAGAGCCCGUGAUCACACAGUGUCAGCCACACAUGGUGACAUGGACCAGAACACUAGGGAUAUCAUUAUGCGUGAGUUCCGUUCUGGGUCAUCCCGUGUCCUUAUAACCACCGACCUCCUUGCUCGUGGAAUUGAUGUGCAGCAAGUAUCGCUGGUUAUAAAUUAUGAUUUGCCGACUCAACCAGAGAAUUAUCUUCACAGGAUAGGACGUAGUGGGCGUUUUGGAAGGAAGGGUGUUGCCAUCAAUUUUGCCACUCGGGAUGAUGAGAGGAUGCUAGCUGAUAUCCAGAAAUUCUACAAUGUAUUGAUUGAGGAGCUUCCUGCUAAUGUUGCCGAUCUUAUCUGAGUUGAUAACAAGUGAUUUUGUUUAUGGUUUGUUUGUCCGAGUAGUAAAGAUUUGGGCAAUUCUCUGGGUGUUUUUUUCUACUUUGUUUUAUAAUCUAUUAUGGGAACAUCACUAUAUGUAUUGUCGAUGCCCCAGAUUAAAUUUUGUUCAAGGAUGACCUCCCUUAUUGGCAUGUUAGCUGAUCGUUUUGGCAUGGUUUUGGUUGUAAACUGCAUUACUACAAUUUGAAUGUGCCCGUGAGCCAAACUGUUGUGGCAGAUAGAUUGGUUAGGCAUUUUUUUGGCUUAA